UGUACUACUUUUUUUUCACGUCGCUGUCACUUUUUAUACACCACAAUCCCUGAAGCAAUCUAUUUCCUUUAGGACCCAUCGGAGCUCCGCGAGCUAACCCCUGUGAUGUAGUACACAUUCUGUCCUUGACGUUUGUGUGAGUGCUAUCCGGGAUCAUUGGGACGUCCCUACCUUAAACCCUAACCCUUACCUAACCUUAACCAUUUUACAUUUCAACUUCAAUGGAGGGGUAGGGACGUCCAAAGGAUCCCGGAUAUCAAGGACCGUUUGUGUUGUGGUACUCGAGUGUAUGGUGGGGGCCCAUAAUCAGCUUUGCAGACUGUAGGCUACACUAAUCUCCAUUGUAUGAAAGUGCAUUGUCUGAAACACAUCUGGCUGCUGAAUGUGCGCCAUCUAUGUCCAGGUAAAAUGUUACCUGGUCGUUAUAGCCUUUCUUAAUCAGGCUCUGAAUAUCGAGGUUUGAUACAGGUUCCUGCUGCUAGCUAGCUAGUCUUGUUCACCAGCUGACUUGCUAACAUUUCUUGGUGUUCUGACUGUACUGCAUGCUUUAAAAUAUAAAUUACGCAUCAGUUGUACUCGCACCUGAUAAUUAUGCUCGCCAAUUCAACACGGGGCUUUCUGUGGUCGGAUGUCGAAACCAGAACCUUGCUGAAUAUCUGGGGGGAGCAGGACAUCCAGACGGCGUUGGACGGAAACUUCCGAAACAGUCAUGUCUACCGCGACGUCGCCCGAAGGUUGGGAGUGAUGGGGUUCGAAAGAACCCCGGAGCAGUGUAGGGUGCGAAUCAAAAGCCUGAAAAGGCAGUUUAUCCUGGCCAAGGAGGGCAACCUGAGGAACAAUGGACAAUACCACAAGAUCUGCAAAUUCUACGAUGCCAUGGAGAGGAUACUAAGCAGCCGUCCCCAGAUUGACCCCCAGGAGUUGUUAGACAGUGGGGCCGUGGGGGAUGAGACAGAGGAGGAAGUGGACACAGACCCUCCACAGGACCCAUACUUGGAGAGCACAGGGGAAUGCUCCUACCCAGAGACCCAAGUGAAGCUAGAAUACCCUCCCAUCCCCAUCCCUGUGACAGUGGGAAAUAGCACCACAGUCAGACAGAUCAGCAGUCAAUCAGCUGGUGGGCCGUCCUCCAAGCGGCCCAAGAAGCGGCACGCCGACCUGCCCCUGGACAGUGUGAUGGAGCGGUUCCUGGAGCAGAGUGCCGAGGCCGAGCAGAGCUUCUACCAGAUGGAGGAGCAGCGUUUGCAGGCAGAGGACUGCCGGCGAGAAGCCGAACAUGCCCGCGAGCUCCACAUGCUCCAGGUGUUGGGACAGAUGUUCUCCAGCAUCGCCACCAGGAACCCUGUCGCCACAGCUACCACAACCACAGCAAUGCCGCCUGCUCAAAAUACCAUGCAGCCCGGUGUGCCCAUGUCCGCCUCCAGCCAAAUGAGGCGUGUUCGGUCGAAUCACCUCCGAGUCCGCUCGCCCCAGUCCCAGGCUAAGUGGGCAAGCUACCACAGUCAGCCACAGUCCCAGGCUGAGUGGUCCAGCUACCUCAGUCAGCCACAGUCCAACGCAGGUUUAGUCCUCGAGCGCUCCUUCUCCCUUGGGACAGCAGCACACCGAGGAAUGGAUGAUAUCCUUCCGCUGGUGAAGAAUAUAGUCCCUCCGCUGACGUCUAAAAAGCACAAAGGCCAAGAUGGGCGGAUUGGGAUUAUUGGGGGAUGUCAAGAGUAUACAGGAGCUCCGUACUUUGCUGCUAUCUCUGCAUUGAAAGUGGGGGCUGACCUGUCACACGUAUUCUGCACUAAAGAUGCAGCGAAAGUGAUCAAAUCCUACAGUCCGGAGCUCAUAGUUCAUCCUGUGCUGGACAGCCCCAAUGCGGUGGAGGAGAUAGAGAAAUGGCUUCCCAGACUCCACUGCCUGGUGGUGGGCCCAGGGCUAGGCAGAGACGAAAUACUGCUGAAAAACGCCAAGGAAGUAAUUGAGAAGUCCAAAGCAAGAGAUAUCCCUAUAGUUAUUGAUGCAGAUGGACUGUGGCUGGUUGCUCAGCAACCAUCAGUCAUCCAAGGGUACCAGAAGGGCAUCCUCACUCCUAACUACAUGGAAUUCACCCGGUUGUAUGAGGCUAUGCACCAUGAGCCUCUUGAUAGCAGUGAUCAUCAGAGGAGUGCCAUGGAGCUCAGUGUUGCCAUGGGCAACCUGACUGUGGUGCUCAAGGGGGAGGAAGACCUUAUUACCGACGGCAACAAGGUGAUGUUGUGUAGACAGGAGGGCAGUGGGCGUAGGUGUGGGGGACAAGGAGAUGUCCUAUCUGGCUCUCUGGGAGUGCUGGCACACUGGGCAUAUGCUUCCUCAGCAGACAUGACCAAAAGUGUGAACCCGUCAGUGGUGGCAGCGUUCGGGGCCUGUUCUCUGACCAGACAGUGUAACAGACAGGCCUUCCACAAACAUGGGCGAGCCACCACCACCACAGACAUGAUCCAGGAGAUCAGCUCCGCCUUCAAAAAACUAUUUGAGAGCUGAGAACGUUCUACAGGGGUCCAAGAUACUCACAUAUGUACUGUACUUACAUACAUGCAUACAUACUGUACAUAGACUUAACAGCACGUUCUUCCAUGGGAAUCCUGAGAAUCCAUUCUCUAUAAUCAUUGACAUUGGGCCAAAGAGACCAACUAUCAAAGAUGUUGUCAACCAUUUUCAGAUAUUUUAGCUGUAGCUAGUCUGUACCUCCAUACAGAAAAGCUAUGGCCGGGAUUCAAUCCGUAAUUUCCAAUGAGCCGACAUCUGCAGUUAUAAUUUUUUUUACCACGAAUGCAAUUUCCGCGAACGCAGUAACAUUGCCUUAAAAAGCCCAUUGUUCGACAACAUGUGGGUCGUAUUGAAUCCCGACCUAAUACUUUUUUUAAUCAACAAGAAAUAAUACAAGAAAUAGGGCUCCAACAUAUGAAACCACUUCUAGUCUAUUGGUGCUAAAUAAGCUAUAGACGUAAUGAUUUUUAAAUGGAUAAAUUUUGCCUACGUUUUCUCUCUCACACUGGACCCAUUGAAACAAAAAAAUUACAACGCAAUAUUCCCUCUGCAUUGGAGUCUGUUUUAUUUUCUCAAAGUGCCUCGUUGGCUUUUUAAAAUGUUGACAGCCAGAACAUCAGAAUUAAAGUGGCACACAAGGCUGAGCUAAGAUUAUUAUACAUCAAUAUUAUUAGACUACCCAAGUGUCAGACUUCUAACAGUGCACAUACUGUGUAGCAUAUUUAACAAUACCUGAUGAUUUACAGCAUUUAAUUCUCUGUGAUUUCCUUCCAGACAGUUCAUCCUAUUCCAUCAUGACAUUCCCAUCUUUACUGUCAUCCAGAAUAGAAUCUCACAGUGACAGUGUGGCACCUGUGUGGUCUCCUGUUUUUGUCAUAAACACCCUUUACAUUGGAAAUAUUAAAAUGUUGAUGGAGUUUUCA